CUGCACAGCCAACUGCAACCAACAGGUAUAGUGUAGAACUUUCCUUAAGCUGGGUCUUUGGUCCAUUCGGAGUGGUUGUCUGUUCAGUGGCAGCUUCAGUGCAGACACUGCAAACAAAAUAAUGGCGCCUCCAAGACACAAUGUGAAGACGGCACUGCCAUUGUCCUUAGGAAGAUAUCACAUUUCGGAAGAGUACGGCUUUCUUCUUCCAAAUCCUCUGAAAGAACUUCCAGAUCAUUAUAGUCCUUGGAUGGAAAUUGCCAACAAACUUCCUCACUUGAUCGAGAGUCACCAGCUUCGCGCUCAUGUGAACAAGAUGCCCCUCCUGGACUGCCAGUUCCUUACGAGCUACCGGGCACGGCGCCUGGCCCACCUGGUCCUCAGCUGCAUCACCAUGGGGUACGUCUGGCAGGAAGGGGACACGCAGCCUGAACAGGUUCUGCCGAGAAGUCUUGCCCUUCCCCUAGUGGAAGUCUCCAGGAACUUGGGGCUCCCUCCUAUCCUGGUCCACGCGGACUUGGUGCUGACAAACUGGACCAAAAGGGACCCGGCAGGACCCCUGGAAAUCAGGAACUUGGAGACCAUCAUCUCAUUUCCGGGGGGAGACAGCCUGCGUGGCUUCGUACUGGUGACUGCUCUGGUAGAGAAAGCAGCAGUGCCUGGGAUUAAGGCCCUGGUCCAGGCAACGCACGCCAUCUUGCAGCCCAGCCAGGACGCCCUGCUCCAGGCCCUGCAGCAACUGAGACUCUCCAUACAGGCCAUCACCGGAACCUUAGGACAAAUGCACGAUUACGUAGACCCAGACAUAUUUUAUGCAGUCAUCCGGAUCUUUCUCUCUGGAUGGAAAGACAACCCAGCGAUGCCUGCAGGGCUGAUGUACGAGGGCGUCUCCCAGGAGCCCCUGAAGUACUCGGGAGGGAGCGCGGCCCAGAGCACGGUGCUGCACGCCUUUGAUGAGUUCCUGGGCGUCCGUCACAGCAGGGAAAGUGCGGACUUUCUGCACAGAAUGAGGGACUACAUGCCUCCCUCCCAUAAGGCCUUCGUAGAGGAAAUCCGCUCAGCCCCUCCGCUGAGGGAGUACGUCCUGUCCCCUGCACACGGCCACCUACGGACAGCCUACAACCAGUGUGUGCGGGCCCUGGCAGACCUGCGCAGCUAUCAUAUCAACAUGGUGACCAAGUACCUCAUCACAGCUGCAGCCAAAGCAAAGAGUGGGAAGCUGAACCCUCUCCCAGGGCCACCCCAGGCUCUGGAAGACAGGGGCACGGGCGGAACUGCUGUUCUGAGGUUCCUAAAGAGUGUCAGGGAUAAGACCCUAGAGGCCAUCCUUCACCCGCGUGGUUAGGAGACCGCCCUCCCCAGCAGGGCAGAGCCCCUCUGGAGAGCAGGUGGCCCUGGGGAACGAGGGUCAGAUUUCUGCCUGGGGCCCCCCAAGGAGGACCUCAGCCCUCUUUCUUGUUUCUGCUCUAUAACACGCCACUUUCUCCUCCACGUGAGCUGCUGUCUUCACAAAGGCGAGUUGGCGCGGCCGGAAACUUCCUUUCCCUACCUGAUCGCCACUCAACUGCAAACAGUGUUGGACACGUUCUCAUUCGGAUCCCACGCACAGGGAAUGUCCCGCGUUCUCUCUGCUGAGUAAUGGAAAACCAUUCUAAAUUUCAAAAGCCAAAUAGAAUUGCCUGUGUGCAGAUCACCUUGUUGAUUUCUUUAAAAACAAAUUCACUUAAAAAUGUAUUCAGUUCCUACUGAGCGCUGCCUCCGAGAGUAGAACAGGGAUUCCUGUGACCGCAGACCAGCCUCCUCUCCCUGCAUGUGUUGGAUUUGGCUCAAGUGGACAAGUGGAUGGAGGAGGACGCUGACGACAAAGACUUGGGAGUCACUAGUGUGAAAACAAAUAGUUAACCAUAUGAGGACGGAUGAGACUUUUCCACAGGGUACGUAGAUUUGCAAAGUCUACUGUAAUCCCUUUCUUUAUUUUUAGAAAAUGAUUAUCUCUUCUUACCCUGAAUGUCUGCAUUUGUAAGAUGAAUGAACUGACCCUUUGUUAAGUAAAUGAGCAAAAUGGGAAUAAAUGGUAAAUCCACA